CAAAUUUACACAUUUUCUCCAUUUUCCAGGGAGUUGGUGCGAAGAUCGACAAACACCUGUGUCUGCUCCAAGAUGCAACAGCAAACACACCAGUAACGAGAACCAGCUGUGACACGGUCAGGGGGCGCCAUCUUGUGGAUCUGACUGUAAAUUACACCUUAUAAAGUGCUCAUACAGUACCAUUAAUAAGUAACAGCACAGAACACACUUCUGUAAGGAAAGGAGUUGAACCCUCAUCUAAAAAAACAUCUAUGACGUCAUAGAUUUUUUCCCCCUAUCUAAACAGAUCUCGACUAAUCGACAGCGUUCGUUACGACGCUGCAGUUUAACCGACGACGAGAACAUUCUGCCCCGCGUGUUUCUGUCACUUUAAAGUGGACCCUGAUCCACGCAGUUAUGCAUGAGCGCAUGAGAAAACGACGUGAGCCAUCGAGAGAGGAACGUUUCCUCUGCGUCAAUCACAGAAGAGAUACCGACUACAGAUUCGACUCUCGUCCAAUCAGAACAGACCAUUCCUUCAUACCGUUUUUUUCUUUCUUUCUUUCUUUUUUUUUCUAUGCCUGUAAAGUUGGGAAAGCUUUAAAACACAGCUGUUUUUGAACUGGUCGACUUCAAGACUUAUGGCAGGAAGUAGAACGAACAUUGACUUUUCUUUCUUUUUUUAAAAAAUUAAAUGCUAAAAUCAGCGGUGGACGUUGGAGGAUAUGACUGGCUCGCGGCAGCUUUGCGGCUCUCCGGUGAGAUAAUGUCUGCAGAACCCUUGUGAUGGUAUUCCCAGCAGCGGCAGACGGUUCUUCAGGCCACGCUCGGUUUGUUUUUAAACUUUUGAUGUGAGGCACAGCGCGGUCGUGCGGCCGCCGGAGACGCUGUGGCUCCGCUCCCGGAGUCUCCUCUAAUGCGCAAGUUCUAGGGAAACCAUGAGGACGAAGGAGCGACUCGACAGGAAAAGCCUUGUUGUGCAGCGCCAGUGCGGGGCAACAGAGACAGAGAGUGCAUGGGCGGCUCCGAACCCCAGAAAAAGACGAGUCUGCGAGUAAUUGAGAGUUUUCAUUUUCUGCUAAAGUCCGGGGGAAGAGUUAUUUCUGCGCCUCCAGGGAGGCUGCGGUCCGACCGGCGGCGGAGGAGGACACGGUGGAGGAACUCCUGACUUCCGUGCUGCGUGCCGAAGGAAAAAACACUCGGGGAGAGAGAGAGAGUGUGUGGACCGGGACCUGGUGUUCGUCUCCACCGGAGGAAACGACGUCUGUUCGUCUUUGACUUGACUAUGUGUGUGUUUGGACACAGGAACAGUCCGAGCGUGAACUCGGAAAGUUGACAAAGAGGCUCAGACUUCAUGGCCACUUGAGCCGCGCUCGCUGCUCACGCGUAAUUACGCACGCACGCACGUACGCACGCGUCGCGCACACUCUUUGUUGUCAACUUUCCUCUCACUUUUGCCUUUAAAAAAAACAAACUACAAAACUACAAUCCCAGAACCUUCGGGGCAGAUGCAUGCAUGAGGAUGGUAGAGAGCCGCAGCUGUGUCCAGAGGGAGGGGGUGUACCGCUGGUUCUCCUCCCUCACCUCAGCCCAGAGAGCCGAGUUCCUGUGCGGGCUGCUGGAUCUCUGCGUCCCCAUCGAGCUCCGCUUCCUGGGCUCCUGUCUGGAGGAUCUGGCCCGCAAGGACUACCACUCUCUGCGGGAUGCGGAGAUCAAAGCCAACAACUCCGCGGAUCUGUCGGGCCUCACCAACAUCACGGACGAGGUGGUGCGCAGCAAACUGCUGGUUUCCCUGGCCCUGCUCGGCUCGGACAACCGGGAGGCGGCGGCGGUUCUGUACCGGACCUUGACGCACACGGACACGGUGAUCAACAACUACGGGCUGACGCUGAACGACGGGAGAACCGAGGAGCAGUUCCUGCUGCUCUUCACCAUGGCCUCCAACCACCCGGCCUUCAGCUUCCACCAGAAACAGGUGCUGAGGCAGCAGCUGAGCCAGAUCCAGGACACCCUGCAGGUGAGGACCAGACACUCACUCAAGUCAAGGUGGAAUAAGAGCCAGAUGAGAGAAUGCAGCACAACAUCUGGAUCGGGGCCCGGCACGGUACGAGGAGACCAGGAGACAGUUGGACCUGAGCCCACCCCUCCCCUCCCUGAACUCCCCAUUGCACCACCUUGUGGUCACCAAACCUGCCUCACCUCAUGCCUCACCUCUGACCUCCAGAGCCAGAUGAGAGAAUGCAGCACAACAUCUGGAUCGGGGCCCGGCACGGUACGAGGAGACCAGGAGACAGUUGGACCUGAGCCCACCCCUCCCCUCCCUGAACUCCCAGCUCCUGCGCCUCCACCGCCGCUACUACCACCACCACCACCACCACCACCUCCUCCUCCUCCUCUUCCUCCUCCACCUCACCUGCCUAUGUCUCUGUCUGUUGGAAAAGGCUUGGAGGCGGCUGCAACACCACCAAAGAACCACCAGGGGAAAGCAGUUAAAGCCGUGAUUGACAGGGUGGGGCUGAGGGGCGUGACGCACAGCUCUGAAGACGCCACCGAGUACGUGUUCGAGGUGAGUACUGGGAACACAGCGCCACGCCUCGUCCUGAUGUCACAGCUGCUAAAGGUAUUUCCUGAUGAAGGAUUGGAGAAGUUCCUCAGUCCUCAGUCGACGGAGCUGGACCCCAGGUGUCUGACGUCGUUGCCCCCCCUCGUCCUCCAGCACCACAGCGUCCAGAGGUUUUUCACCUCCACCAGGCCCCUCUCACCCAAGUGUCCUCCCUCCCUGUCUUCCUCCCUACCUUCCCUUUCGUCCUUACCCUCCUCCCCUCCCACCGCUCCAGUUACCCCCACCUGCCCACUCAACUCCACCUUGGGUCUUGGCUGCACGGUUCAGUACAGAGGAGCCAACAGGGCGGUGUACAGGGUGGCCAGUGUCCAACCUGUGGUCAGCACCCAGAGAUCGAUCCUGACCCGCUCUGCUCCUCACCUCUCCUCCCUGCGCCCCCCUCCCCCUCUUCCUCCCUCCCUCCCUUCUCCACAGCACUCCACCCUCCCCCCCUCCCUGCCGUGCCUGUCCGGCCAGGGCUCCAUGGCGGGGGGGGGUGACGCCCCCUCCCAGCAGCAACAUCAACACAGUCAUCCACACUCCUACUCUCAGAACAAGCUCCACCCCCAACACCUGCACCACCAUCACCCGACCAACAGUCCGUCCAGUUCCCAGCCCCUGUCCCACCACCUCACCCAUUCCCAGCCCCUGUCGUACUCCCAGUCCCACAGUCUGUCCAGGUCUCAGGCCCAGGCCCAGCCCCAGCCCACCACCCCGGAACAGAACGACAUCCUGGACUGGCUCCGCAAACUCCGGCUGCACAAAUAUUACCCCGUCUUCGAACAGCUGACCAUGGAGGAGUUUUUAGCUCUGACGGAGGAAGACCUGAACAAGUACGACUUGACUCAGGGAGCCAAGAAGAAACUGAAGACACAGCUGGAGCUGCAGAACAGGGAGAUGCGCUCCUGCAGCGGCAUCGCCCGAGUGGUACCGUCCAGUCAUAUGGGUCUGUCUACGUCACAUCCCACGUCUACUGCAGGAGAGCUGCGUGUGGAGGUGGACGCUGCUCCGCACCAUCGCCUCGUGUCUGCAGACAUCGGCUCCUCCUCCGGAUACUCCAGCUCCUCCUGCUCCCCCCGAUCGCUCCUCUGCUGUGACUCCUCUUUCGACCGAAGCAGAGACCUCCACAGGCGUGUCUCUGGUCCUGAUCCAGCAGGUGGCGCUCUAGAGAAGGACCGAUCCUGCCUCUUCAUCCUGAACUCCAGCGGCCCCACAGGGUCUAGUCGUCCCACGGCCCAGGUCCUGCCCGUUAAAACAGACCCGGUCCCCCCCCCCCCCCCCCCCCCCUCCUUCUCCCCCCACCACCCCUCUCGUCUUCUACCUCCACAUUCCCCCUACCCCCCACAGGCCACCUUCAACCAGUCCCUUCUCCCACCGGCCUCCAACCCGGCACGUAUCCUCGCCUCCCCGCGCAAACCUCGACCCCACCCUCUGUGCUCGGAGGACAGGACUAAACCCCCGGGUUCCGGGUUGUCCGGUGGACCGGCUCCUGCAGCCGCUGCUGGUCCUGGUCCUGGUCCAGGGUUCAGCCCAGGCCCGGGGGUCCAGAUGGCUGUGAGGGUGGAGACCCUGUUCCCUCCUCUGAACAUGGACAGACCCUCCGUGGUCCAGGAGGCGUCUGCGUGUCGUGGUCUGGCCGGAGGUCUGAUGGUGGAGACCAGCUCCGCCCUGACCUCCACCUCCAACAGUGUCCACCACGUGUCCCACCCCCCAGUCCACUUCCACCUGUCGUCCUCCUCCUCCCUGUCUCUAUCUGGAUGCUACACUUAUCCUACUUCUUCUUCCUCCUCCUUCUCCUCUUCUUCCUCCUCCUCUUCAUCCUCCUCCUCCUUUUCCUUGUCCUGUCCUUCCACAAAAUCCAGCUCCCAGUCGGGGAGUGGGUUUGUCUCCAUGUCCAACGCCCACAGCGUCCCCGUGGCUGCAGUUCCAGGCCAUACUUACCACCCUCCACCUCCCACUUCUAGCCCCUCCCCUUCGCCCUGUGCUUCUUCUUCAUUGGAUCAGAGCUCAGGUCACAUGCCCUCCAUGUGCGUCUGCAGCUCGUGUGGCUGUCGAGGGAACUGCGGGGCCUACGGGGCGAUACCCGGCUACGCUGCGGCCGGUUAUUUGCAGCCGUUAUCAGCAGGGCCGUCCAUCUUUACCCUGGGGCCCCUCCUUCACCUCAGCCCCCUGCUGGCCUCCUCCGGCACUACUGGGUCACCGUCCGCACCCUUCUCUUACCCCAUGAUGAUGCCCCCGCCUCUCUACCGCCACAGCCCACUGUCACAUGACCAGCAGCAGGGCUUUGGCUUCUACCAGCCGCAUGGCAUGAUGGGAAAUGGAGGCCAGAAACGAGCAGCAGGGAUCGUGUCAUGUUAUAACUGUGGGGCCGGUGGACACAGAGCGGAGGACUGUAAACAACCGCCCAUGGACUCCGUUCAACAGGGGACAUUUCGGCUGAAGUUCACACCUCACUCUGACACCAAAGACUCUGGUGACUGAUAUCACAGACAGAACUGUCAGUCGACUCCUGACAAAUCGGUACUUCCUGUUUCUGCUGGAGUCAGGGACUCGAUCCUGAUCCAGCCGGGAUUCAACCUCGCAGCAGGUCGACUCUUUUCCUCCUCACUUUGUUCAUAGACUGAGGACUGGUUUACAGGACGGACGUGGAACUGCAGUUUGACUCUGAUGUUGAAAACGGUUCACUGUGGCCGAGAGCCUUAUUUUCCGUGCACUUGUCCACGAACACGGUUGUUUCCUAAACCAGUGGAGACAACUCUGGUACGCACUAGUAGACCUGGACUUGGACCAGGAAGGUUCAAACCAAGUUUCCUUUUACUUUGACUCACUCUUUAACCAGGUUUAAAUGCUGAAACCUUUGGGCUGGACGUGGACGGUCUUUGCUGUAACUCAGACUCUGACGUGGAACUUGUUUUCAGACUUUAUUGACUUGGACGUGGACUCAACUGGAAAUCUCCAGGUCCAAAGUCCAGGUCUCUAAGGUAGACUUUGAAAAAAGUUUUUUUUUAUCUUGGACUUGGACACUGCAGAGACGUUAAUUACCGUAUUUUCCAGACUAUAGAGUGCAAGCCUAGAGUGCCCUCUAGUGGCUGUCAGUGUGAAAAUAACAAACAUUUGAAAUUAUAUUUUUUUUAUUGAAUUUUAACAAGUUUAACAGAAUAGAAACCAAACAACACAACAACCCUCCCACCCUGGACACAGACAUAGUCUGGAAAAUACGGUAAUAUUUAGGUUUCUGACUCGAAACUGUGGAGACUUGUCUCUAAUUGGACUGGAAUGGUUUCAGAGGUGAAGACACAGACUCUGGACACAACCUGAAGUCAAAGGUUCAGGCCGUCCUUAAACCCAGGGGACUUGAUUCUACAUGUCGUAGACUUGGAGCUAACUAAGAAGAGCUGUGACGUGGAGUCGACCAGAACUUCUUCUGUGACUUAAACUCAAACACAAAACCCUCCCGGGAACUCAACUCGGACUUCUUCCUCUUGACUUCAUGGCGUUCUUUGUUGAGUUUCACUCCAUGUUGACGAUGCAACAACAACAACUCUUUGUUCAGUCUAGUUUGGAGUCACUUGACUGGGUUUACCAGGUCGUGUUACCGACGUUCUCUGUUCCACAUCAGGGCUUCAGACAAACAGUUUCAAAAGUGCAAUUUUUUUCUCUACAGAUGUCACUGUUGAAUCUGUAACAUUUUUGCGUCAGGUUAAAGUCAGGAAGAGUCAGUAUUUCUGUUGUUUAUCGUUUCUUGGGCAGGACCCACAUCUGAACAGACACGAGGACACUUGGUCCUUCAGGUCCGGCUCCCUCUGGCCCCUGGAGGGUGCAGCGCAGGGAUACGGGGACAUGUUAUUUAAAAUGUUUAAUAGUAAAUGUUUACUUACGUUUUACGGCUUCCGUUUGCCGCCGAUCGUUGUCUUUUGGCUGAAUGCUAAUUUAAAUUUGAACCGUUAACUUUUGACAUAUCAAACCAAAGAACACUAAUUCUUCGGGGCAGAACGGCAGCACAAGAUUUGCUUUUCUCUUUUCGUGGCUCAGUUGUUCCAGCUCGGACACGAUGGUUCAAACUGCACGUUGCGUCAGGACAGUUUGUAGUCACAACAAUCAUCUGUUUUCAUCUGUUUUUAUACGGUUUUCCAGUGUUUUUACAACCUCUUCGCAUUCUUUGCAUUUUCGCAAAGUAAAAAAGAUUUAAAUAAUAAAAUGCUCUCUGCUUCAGAAUUGAA